AAUAGGGAGUAAAUAUUUUGAAUUGAUCUGCCGCUCAUGCGCAGUUAUCGUUCUUUCUCGAAAAGUAACGUGCUUGACGCCAUUAUCGUAGUACCUCGAAGGUAACGUGAUUUCAACAAACUAUUCAAGUUUUUCAGCGGCAAACUCAAUAAAAAUUAGUUCCGAGAUGGAGAAAAUGAUCACACGUAGAAUGCAGGCAGUGAACAAUACAGCAGACAUACCAGCAGACAUGGUGGUGGUGGAAGAAGAAUCUGCUGCUACAGAAGAUGGAUCAAUGGAGCCUGCUCAGAAAAGAUUCAAGAGUGAAAAUGUCUCAGAAAGAAAUGUUGAACAGUCAUCAGUCAAGCAAAUUCUGUUCAACAUUAACCAAGCCAUUUGCCUACGCCUUGACAACAUUGAAAGCAAGUUGGAAGUCUUGAACAAUCGAAGCAAAGAGAUGGAAGGAAAGAUAGAUCAAAUAACUUUACUUACUGCUGGCCUGGGGAGUGUACCAAGCUCUACACCUAUUAAAAAAACAGUCAAUCAUGUUGCUACCAGUGGAGGCUCCAUGAAGAGAGGGGGAGCAGUUAUUGUUGGCCUUCCACAGGAGAAAGCAUCCAAAGGGAAUGAAUCUGAAAAUGAUGAUUCUGACUGCCAAUCAGAGGUGAUGACCACACCCACACUGUCCCAGGAGCACUCGCAACAACAAUCGUCAUCUCUUACUAACCUUGGCCCUAAUGUCACUUUGAUCACACUCAAUACUGAAGAGGAUUUUCCAACUGGGUCAUGGCUAGGAGAUGAGCAUAAUCCAGAGAUGAGAGUUAGGGUUCCCAUAACACCCAGUGACAUGAUCCACAUUCAUUCAAACUGUCGCACAGCUGAAAAGAUGGCUCUGACCAUGUUGGACUAUUUAUUUGAUCGUGAUAUCCAGGCAUGUUCCAACCUCAGCGGAAUGGGCAAGUAUGGCAAGAAACAGCUGGAUCCACUCAUGAUUUAUGGCAUAAGGUGCCACUUGAUCCACAAGUUUGCAAUAACAGAAUCAGACUGGCAUAGAAUAAAGCUGAAUAUGGAUUCCAAGUGCCGCACUGCAUUUCGUCGCAAACAGAAGGGUCUCCCCCUAACAGUGAAGGCAUUCCGGGGUAAAGCACCACCUGCAUAUAUUUCAAUGGAAGAAGCUGGUGAGAUUUCACCCAACAAUCAAGAUGGUCUACAGCAGCUGCAAGAUGGUGCCAGUGUACAUCUGAAUCAGCCCUCUGAAGCAGAUCUCCAGCAGGCCAUAGCAAAUGCCUUCCAAAGGGGACAAGCAGGGGAAAUGAUUCAACAGGGUGAGAUACAAGUACUCCAUGCAACACCAGAGCAGAUCAAUCAGCUACAACAAGGACACCAUAUACAAAUCCUGCAAGAUGGACAGAUAAUUCAGGGGUUAAGGUCAGAAGAGGGAGAACAAGUGGCUGUUCCAAUGGGCCAGGAAGAUGGGGAGGGAAUGACAGCAGAGUCUGGGGAAGAGCUUAGAAUUGAUCAUCAAGAAGACCAGCAUGAUCAUGUUGGUAGAGAAGAAGAGGAUGAUUCAGAAGAUCAACCUCAGGAUGACCUCACCCAAGAUGAAGGAAAUCUUGUUGUCACAACAGAAGGUGAACUCCUCCGCAUAGAGAGGGCGUCACCAUAGCAACGCUCUAAAUAGUAUUCAUCUUAGUUGCACACACAGAAAUUACAAUGUGACAAGAUGAUUUGAACCUGAGUUUAUCAUCUGUUCCAAACUUUCAAGAUUUCAACUAUCUCUGACCGUGAAAACUUCCUAGAAGUGGAACCUUUUCGUAUUAAUGUAGUGAUAGUGGAUGAUAUGAAAAUUGAUAACAGAAUCACCCCAACCGAAUAACUUCUGCAGUUGGGAUAUGAAAAUUUCCCCAUGAGGAGAAUCAUCGAGAAAAUAGAAAAUAUCUAUUCAUUUUGAGAUUUCAGAAGUAUUUUACUCUUUACUCAUAUCAAAAUUUUAUAGUAGAUCACAGAUAUCAUGGAGUCUACUUCGGUUAAUUCAAAAUUGCCAUUUUAAUUCAGGGGUUUGUGUUAAUUUCAAGAUACAUCUCCGGUAUGUCAAUGUGUGAUGAUUAACGUCAAAGAUUUUGCUCAUCAGGUUUGCAACUCCAAUGGAGUUACCAUUUUUAGUUAAAAUUAUUGUAUAUCCAAAAGGAAUGAUGAAAUUGUAUAUAUUUAUAAAUCGUGUUUGUAAAUAUGAACAAAUGAGACCAAGUAGUAUUUAACUUAAUAUAAAUAAAUGAAAUGUCUUAUUGAUGAUGGAGCAGCAGAGGCCAUUGUCUGAUUGUUGUGUAUAUGAAAUGCAGACAAAAGAAGUGUACAAAAAUGUUAAAAUACUAUCAAUGAAUUGUGAUACUAUAUAUAAUAAAGUCAUACAUAUGUUUAUGUAUGUGCACUUAUAUCGUGAAUAUAUGAAAUUGAAUAUGCUA